AUGAGGGGAAACAACUUUGUUCUCAUCUUACUCUUCUUCUUCCGGAUGCAAGUCAGAGAAGCACAGAAUACCGAUGUCAAAGUGGGAAUCGUGACCGAUGUCGGAAGGGAAAACUCCGACAUAACUUUGCUUUGUAUCAGCAUGUCUCUCUCUGAUUUCUACUCUUCUCACCCAGAAACCAGGACAAGGCUUAUAACCACCAUUGUUGACUCCAAAAACGAUGUUGUUCUCUCAGCAGCAGCGGCUCUUGAUCUGAUAACGAACAAGGAAGUGAAAGCGAUUCUAGGGCCAUGGACUUGGAUGCAGGCUCAAUUCAUGAUUGAGAUGGGACAAAAGUCUCAGGUGCCAACUGUUUCAUACUCUGCAACAAGUCCCUUCCUAGCUUCCAUCCGUAGUCAAUACUUUUUUGGUGCUACGUAUGAUGAUUCAUCUCAAGUGCACGCCAUUAAAGCAAUCAUCGAACUUUUUAUGUGGAGAGAGGUAGCACCUGCGUAUGUUGACAACACCUUCGGGGAAGGUAUAUUGCCUAGUCUUACCAAUGCGUUACAAGAGAUUAACGUUCGUAUACCUUAUAGGACCGUGAUUUAUCCCAAUGCCACGGAUGAUGAAAUCUCCGUGGAACUUCUCAGGAUGAUGAAUCUACCCACUAGAGUAUUUGUUGUUCACAUUGCUAAAUUGCUUGGCUCAAGAUUUUUUGCCAAAGCUAAGGAAAUUGGUAUGAUGAAACAAGGAUAUGUCUGGAUCCUCACCAACUCCAUUGCCGAUGAUCUGAGUAUCAUGAAUGAGACGGAAAUUGAAACAAUGGAAGGGGUCUUGGGUGUAAAGACUUACUUUCCGAGAUCCGAAGAGCUUGAGACAUUUAAAUCUCGAUGGAAGAAGAGAUUCCCAAACUCUGACCUGAGCGUGUAUGGAUUAUGUGCUUAUGAUGCCACUACUGCACUAGCACUGGCCAUCGAAGAAGCUGGGACAUCAAAUUUGACUUUUGUCAAGACAGAUGCCAUGAGGGAUAUGUCUGAACUUCAAGGUCUAGGUGUAUCUCAAUAUGGUCCAAAACUUGUUCAGGCACUCUCUAGAGUUCGGUUUAAAGCUCUUGCUGGCGAUUUCCAGUUUAUUAAUGGACAACUGCACCCGUCAGUAUUUGAGAUUGUUAAUGUGGAUGGGCGUGGAGGAAGGACCAUAGGAUUCUGGAAGAAAGAACAUGGACUCUUGAAAAACUUGGAGCAAAAACCAGCUACCACGACCACUUCCUCUACUUGGCAAGAUCGACUCAGACCAAUUAUUUGGCCUGGAGACACUAUGUCCGUACCCAAAGGAUGGGAGAUACCGACAAAUGGAAAAAGGCUGCGGAUUGGAGUCCCAACUAAUAACGGCUUCAAACAAUUUGUGAAGGCUACAAGAGAUCCCAUCACCAAUUCAACAAUCUUUAGUGGAUUUUGCAUCGACUACUUUGAGGCAGUAAUUCAAGCAAUGUCCUAUGAUGUUUCCUAUGACUUUAUUCCUUUCGAAGAUGUCAACUACGACACCGCAAUCUACCAAGUGUAUCUCGGGGUGAAGUAUACCGACCAUGUCUUUCUUUUUAUGCCUAACAUGCACUAAACUGGAUUGUCUUAAUUAACAACGUCCUUGUUCUAUAUGUUUGCAGCUUGAAUAUGAUGCU